AUGCGUCGCCUCAUCUCUCGCGGCUCUGGCGCAACUCGCCGUGCUUCUCAACCUACUGUCUGCACCCGCUCAUCGCUUGUUUUCUCUGCACCAACAUUUCAUGCUACACCCGGCUCCGUUCGCCAAAUCCACGCCACGGCCACUCUCUCAAACUCACCCGUCACUCUUCCUUCGUCGACCACCAACUUCCCAACCAACCAUGACAAGGUCAAUCCUGUCGAUACUCCCUACUUCAUCGACAACAAAUUCUUCAACUCAACCACCAACAAGUACAUAGACCUCCAUGAUCCGGCUACCAACAACCUGGUUACUCGAGUUCCCGAGAUGACCAACGCCGAGAUGAAGGCUGCGGUCGCCAGUGCCGAGAAAGCAUACGAAUCGUGGAGCAGGACGACAGUCCUUACCCGUCAACAAAUCAUGUUCCGAUUUGUGCAGCUCAUCCGCGAAAACUUUGACCGACUGGCUGCCAGCUGCACAAUUGAGCAGGGCAAAACACUAGCUGAUGCACGUGGCGAUGUGCUCCGUGGUAUUCAGGUUGCCGAGGCUGCGAUCGCUGCCCCUGAGUUCCUCAAGGGGGAGUUGCUUGAAGUAUCCAAGGAUAUGGAAACCCGCACCUACCGCGAACCACUCGGUGUUGUCGCUGCUAUUUGUCCUUUCAACUUCCCUGCUAUGGUGCCUUUAUGGUGCAUCCCGAUCGCGACCAUCACAGGCAAUACCAUAAUUUUGAAGCCUUCCGAACGCGACCCUGGCGCUGCAAUGAUCCUAGCUGAGCUGAUCCAAAAAGCCGGCUUUCCUGACGGCGUUGUGAAUGUCAUCCACGGCGCUCAUCGGGCGGUCGACUUCAUCAUUGACGAACCUGCGAUCAAAGCUAUUAGCUUCAUCGGCGGCAAUAAAGCUGGCGAAUACAUCUAUACGCGAGGAUCGGCCAACGGCAAGCGAGUCCAGGCAAACCUCGGAGCCAAGAAUCAUGCAACCAUUCUCCCUGACGCCAACAAGGUCCACACCAUCAACAGCGUCGUCGGUGGUGCCUUUGGGGCUGCCGGUCAGCGCUGUAUGGCUUUGACGACUUUGGUCACGGUCGGUGAAACCAAGGACUGGCUCCCCGAAAUUGUGGGCCAGGCUCGAAAGCUCAAGGUCGAUGGCGGUUUCGAAAAGGGCUCCGAGGUUGGGCCCGUCAUCAGCCCGGAAAGCAAAGAUCGGAUUGAGAAGUUGAUCGCGAGCGCUGAAGAGGAGGGUGCCAAAAUCCUCCUGGAUGGCCGCAAUAAGGGACCGCUGGACAAGUAUCCUAAUGGCAACUGGGUCAGCCCAACCAUCAUUGCCGAUGUUACGCCUGAAAUGACCUGCUACAAGCAAGAGAUUUUCGGUCCCGUUCUCAUCUGUCUUCAUGUUGAUACUGUUGAUGAAGCCAUCGACCUUAUCAAUAAGAACGAGUACGGCAACGGAACGGCCGUGUUUACGCGAUCUGGUGCCACGGCCGAGGCGUAUCGCAAGAGAAUUGAGGCCGGCCAGGUUGGCAUCAACGUCCCGAUCCCAGUGCCGCUACCCAUGUUCUCUUUCACUGGCAACAAGAAGAGUAUCGCAGGAGGUGGUGCAAAUACCUUCUAUGGCAGGCCAGGCGUCAACUUCUACACCCAGCAGAAGACCGUGACGUCUUUCUGGGCAGCCAACGAUGCUCUAUCUAAGAAGUCUUCGGUUGCGAUGCCCACGAUGCAGUGA